AUGCGAAGAGUGACAGAACACGCCAAGCAGCAACUAGAGGAGCUCAACUGUAAGCAAAAACCACAUAAGCAAAAACAGAAAGCUGCACCUCUCAGCAAAUACCGGCGUAAAACAGCAAACGCCAGGGAAAGAAACCGUAUGCGAGAAAUCAACCAGGCAUUUGAAACUCUUCGUAGGGUGAUCCCGCAUGUCCAUCAAGCCGCCCCUCCGCAACUCCCACCGGCCAAUGAGAAACUUACCAAGAUCACCACUCUAAGAUUAGCCAUGAAGUAUAUCUCCACCCUUACAGCUGCGCUUAAUGGUCCCAGUGAGAUCGAGUCAGUUUCCGACUAUAGUGAUUUUGAUUGUCUAUUUCUCGAAUCGGACGGUGAAUCAGUGCCUUUAUCCGAUCACUCAGGAUCGCUCAUGGCCUCCCCUGAUUUUCCCGAGCCGUCCCUGUCGCCCGUCGAUUUUGGCGAUCCAUCGUUGCCAGCUUUGCUGCAUACGGACUUUACAGAACAUUCAUUAGAGCCGGAUGACUUCAGCGAUUUUUUGUUGACGUGAUAUGACGUGAAUUUAGACUUUUUUAUAGGAUAUUUACGAAAUUAUUUUCUGCAAUAUAGACAGGAAAGUUAGGAAUACUAGUUCCAGAGUUGAAUGUUGAAGAUUUGCAAUGAAUAGGUACAAGGAAUUUUUCGAAACAUCAUGUAAAAACUCUGGUUUCUAAGAAUUUAUAUUUUUUUUUUCCGAAAAAAUGUCUUAAUUACGAACCACAAAUGGACAGUGUGUUAUAGUACUUCUAUGCCCAAUUGAAACAGCAAAAAAAUCCAAGUUGGCGUUACAUAUGAAACAAUGAUCAGCUUCAAUAUUCCAGUACUUCUUUAGACACAAAACACUAGUAAAAGCAGGAUAGUAAUAAAACAAAAACACAAAAU